GGAGGAUUGGGAGGGACUGAAGGCAGCUUCCGGCUGUGGUAGUGUAGGGGCUUCGGCACGUGUGUUAUUCGCCGGGAUUUUUAUAUUAACCCUGCUUCUGGUGAACUUGUCUGGCCGGCAUUCCUUUAAGGCCUAAGGAUGAAGGCGAGAAGAAAUAAAAAACAGAUCCCAAGCUUUCGCAAGUUAAUAAAAACUAGUAAAGUCAAACUUGAAAACAAGCUAAAAAAUAAGCAGUUUAAACAGCAAAGCUCUCUCAAGAAGUACCGAAAAGAACAGAGGAAACUAAGGCAAGCUGUGAAAGAUGCUGUGUCUAAGAAACCCUUUCCAUUGGAGAACCCAAAGGAAAAGCGACCAGGUAAAAGGAUUGAGAGGGAAGAAGAGGAAGAAGAAGCCCUUCCUUUAGAUAUGAUGGAUGAAGAUGACUUACAGUUAAUGAAGGAUUUAGGACAAAGAGCAUCUUUUCUAACAAGAGAUCUUUCUUCUAGUGAGCCUGUUCAUGCGAAGAAACGGAAGCAUGAACGCAUUAUAGAUAAAUAUGAAAAAAUACCAAGAACUCUGCAAACUGCACCAGAGAAGGAACUGAUUCAUUUACUUCCUAUCAAAGAUAAAAGUGGUAUAAUCCCACAGACUAGGGAGAAGCCAGUUACUGAUAGUAACAAAGAUGAAGAGGAUCAAGAAGAAGAGAGGGAACUUGAGGAAGAGAUGAUUGAAGAUCCUAUUCGAGAGCUGACCAUAGAAGAACAUUUGAUUGAGAGAAAGAAGAAAUUACAGGAGAAGAAGAUGCAUAUUGCAGCCUUGGCAUCUGCCAUAUUAUCAGAUCCAGAAAGUAAUAUUAAAAAAUUGAAAGAAUUACGUUCUAUGUUGAUGGAACAAGAUCCUGAUGUGGCUGUUACUGUUCGAAAGCUGGUAAUUGUUUCUCUGAUGGAGUUAUUUAAAGAUAUUACUCCUUCAUAUAAAAUCCGGCCCCUCACAGAAGCAGAAAAAUCUACUAAGACCCGAAAAGAAACCCAGAAGUUAAGAGAAUUUGAAGAAGGCCUGGUUAGCCAAUACAAGUUUUAUUUGGAAAAUCUGGAGCAAAUGGUUAAAGAUUGGAAGCAGAGGAAGCUGAAGAAAAGUAAUGUAGUUUCCUUAAAGGCAUACAAAGGACUGGCAGAAGUCGCUGUGAAGAGCUUGUGUGAGCUGUUGGUGGCACUACCUCAUUUUAACUUUCACAACAACAUCAUCGUAUUGAUUGUCCCUCUCAUGAAUGACAUGUCAAAAUCGAUAUCUGAAAUGUGUUGUGAAGCUGUGAAGAAACUCUUCAAGCAAGAUAAAUUAGGCCAAGCUUCUCUUGGUGUAAUUAAAGUGAUUUCUGGUUUUGUGAAGGGCAGAAAUUACGAAGUUAGGCCAGAGAUGUUAAAAACAUUUUUAUGCCUAAGAAUCAAGGAAGUAGAAGUGAAAAAAGAUACAGAAGACAUUAAUAAACCAAAAAAAUUUAUGACUUUCAAAGAAAAGAGAAAAUCUCUAUCAAGAAUGCAGAGAAAGUGGAAGAAAGCAGAAGAGAAACUAGAGCGAGAGCUUCGAGAGGCAGAAGCUUCAGAGAGUACUGAGAAAAAACUUAAACUGCACACAGAGACUCUGAAUAUUGUGUUUGUAACCUACUUCAGAAUAUUGAAGAAGGCCCAGAGGUCACCUCUCCUGCCAGCAGUUCUAGAAGGUCUUGCCAAGUUUGCUCACCUUAUAAAUGUGGAAUUUUUUGAUGAUCUGUUAGUAGUUCUUCAUAUUCUCAUUGAGUCUGGUGACCUAAGCUAUCAAGAAAGUCUUCACUGUGUCCAGACUGCUUUUCAUAUUCUUUCUGGACAAGGUGAUGUACUGAAUAUUGAUCCAAUGAAAUUCUACACACAUCUCUACAAAACACUGUUCAAAUUACAUGCAGGUGCUACCAAUGAAGGUGUUGAGAUUGUACUCCAGUGCCUUGAUGUCAUGCUAACUAAGCGCAGAAAGCAAGUUUCUCAGCAGCGAGCUCUUGCCUUCAUCAAACGCCUUUGUACCCUUGCUCUUCAUGUUCUUCCAAAUUCAAGUAUUGGCAUUUUAGCAACUACCAGAAUAUUAAUGCAUACUUUCCCCAAAACAGAUCUACUGCUUGACAGUGAAUCUCAGGGAAGUGGAGUUUUCCUUCCUGAACUGGAUGAGCCUGAGUACUGCAAUGCUCAGAACACUGCUCUGUGGGAACUGCAUGCUCUGCGGAGGCAUUAUCAUCCCAUAGUGCAGAGAUUUGCAGCCCACCUGAUCGCUGGAGCACCUUCUGAAGGCUCUGGAGCACUCAAACCAGAGUUGUGUCGAAGAACUGCUGCUGAACUUUUUGAGGCAUAUAGCAUGGCAGAAAUGACAUUCAAUCCUCCUGUUGAAUCUUCAAACCCCAAAAUAAAGGGUAAAGUUUUACAAGGGGAUUCAUUUUUGAAUGAAGAUUUAAAUCAGCUAAUCAAAAGAUACUCCAGUGAAGUUGCUACUGAAUCGCCUCUGGAUUUCACGAAAUAUUUGAAAACAUCACUACACUAGUAGAGGAAUGAAGUCAGUGGACUUUCUUGUAUAUUUGUGUGUGCAGAUGUACAUAAAGAUGAGUUGUUAACUUAGGAUCUUUUCUUUUUAUACAAGGAAAGCUUCCUAAGAAUGUCUAGGAAGAGGAGGAAGAAUGACCCUUUACGUGGCACAGGGUUCUGCCCCUAUGCUGAAUAUGUCAUUUCAUCAAGGAGAUCAAAAGCCUUUUUUUCUCCCUAGUAUUUGGAAAUUACUUUCUUGAUGAUGCUGCCUUUUAAAAGCUUCAUGUACAUUAUAGUUUUUUAAAAAAAUCUUUGGACUGGAUCUUAACUGAAGUGCAGUUGCUAUAUUAAAAUUAGGGCAUAGAGCACAGAAAAAUCAAGACCAUGAGAAGACAUUUUACCAUUUAGCUACUUUUUAUAACUAAAUACUCUUUAAAUAUUUUUAUUUCAAUACUGUGGAUGGAAAUGAGAAGCAUUCUAAAUUUGAGUUAAUAUAUUUUUAUGAAGAUUUUUGAGAAAAGAAAAAAAUAGCUUGUAUUCAGGUUCAUUGGCUUUUGCUGGAUGAUCCACUUAAAGAAGUUACCUAAUUUGGCCUUUUAAAAAAGGUAUUAGUGUUUAUUAUAGCUACUUUCAAGGAAAGUUUGAAUAUGAUUCUAGUCUCUGAAGUUCUUCAUGUUUUCUGACAUUCCCUGGAGGGUGACUGGAGAAGAAUUGCUCCAGGGUAGAAGCACCAGGCCUGAGACUUUACCAUUCUGUUCUAGGGACAAAGGAUACUCAAUGAGGAGCUUUUUUCCCCUCUUGAAACAGGUAAAAUGCUUUUUCUUAUUAAUAUAAUUAUAAAACUAUUUUAUGUAACAGCUAUUCCCAUAUUCUAGGAGUGGCCUAAGAAAUGCGUGUUUCAGUGACUAGGUUAUAAAUAUUCUCUAUUGUGAAUAGUUGAAAAAAACAGCUAUUUUUUUCUGCUUC